AUGUCCGACUUUCCGCUCUCGUUCCUGUACGGCCUGCCGCCGCCGGAACGCGGCGUCUCGCUCGGUGACCACAUCGCGCGGCACGUCACUGACAAUGGCCGCAUCCGCACGCUGCUCGAUGUCAUCUGCAACACGCCCGCGCCGGCGCUGUGGAGCCCGGAUCUGAAUCGGCAGCCGCUGCUGCACCGCGACAUCAAGCGCUUCAUCGCCGGCUUCUCGCUGCCGUACUCGCGCCAGCCGCUGGGCCCCAAUGAUCGCGUCAUGAUGGCUCUGCCGACCGGCGCCGAGAACGCGCUGGCGCUCAUGUCCGUUGCUGCGUACCACACGUGCGCACCGAUUAACGCCAGCUGCACGGCGGGCGAGCUCCGCGACGACGCGGUGCGGCUGCGCGCCAAGGCCAUUGUCACGACGCGCGAUGCCGCCGACCGUCUCGAGGUGCAGGCGCUGUACGAGGAGGAGGGCAUGGAGGUCAUCUUUGUGGAGAACCGCGGCGUCGGCCCGGCGGGCCUGUUCGACAUGUCGACGCUCGCGCGCGAGGCGAGCAUGUCGCGCGCCGGGCGCCAGCCGUCGCAGCUCCACGGCCUCGAGCACCAGAGUCUCGUGCUGCACACCAGUGGCACCAGCGGCAAGAAGAAGGUCGUGCCGUACUCGCUUCGGCAUCUCAUCGUGGGCACCUGCUGUGUCGUGCAGAGCUGGGACCUGCGCCCCGAGAGCGUCAACAUGAACAUGAUGCCGCUCUUCCACGUCGGCGGCAUUGUGCGCAACCUCUGGUCGCCGCUCUUCUCGGGCGGCAGCGCCAUCAUGUGCGCCGGCUUCGACGCGAACAUGUGGUGGACGCUUGCCAAGCAGCUUGGCGCCACCUGGUACUACUCCGCGCCGACGAUGCACCACGCCAUCCUCGCGUCGCGUCCGGAGGGCGUUCAGCCGUCGCGCGACCUGAAGAUCCGCAUGAUCGCGAACGCCGCCGGUGGCCUGCUGCCGUCGCUCGCCAUCCAGCUCAAGGAGACGUUUGGCGGCGCCGCCGUGCUGCCAUCGUACGGCAUGACUGAGUGCAUGCCGAUCGCCUCGCCGCCGGUCGACUACCAGCUCGACCGGCCUGGCUGCUCCGGUGUCGCGUGCGGCCCGGGUCUCUCCAUUCGCGAUCCGUUCGACCGUGAGCGCGAGCUGCCCGUGGGACAGACUGGCGCCGUGUCUGUGCGCGGCCUGCCGACGUUCUCGGGCUACGAGACGUCGCCGGACCCGUUCGACGCGCUCGACACGUCGGCAUUCUCCAGCGAGGGCUGGUUCGACUCAGGCGACAUGGGCCACAAGGAUGCCGACGGCUACCUGUACAUCACGGGUCGCUCGAAGGAGAUCAUCAACAAGGGCGGCGAGGUUGUCUCGCCGUUCGAGGUAGAGGAGGCGAUCACGCAGGCGUGCAAGGACCGCGUCAAGCAGACGCUCGCCUUCUCGAUCGAGCACACGGUGCUGCAGGAGACGAUCGGCGUCGUGAUCGUGCCCGUGCCGAACCAGCCGCGCAUCGGUCUCGCCGAGCUACAGAACCUGCUGCGCUCGCAUCUGCACCCGUCCAAGUGGCCGUUUGCAGCCGUGUACAUGGAUGACCUGCCCAAGAACCAGGCCGGCAAGCCGCUGCGCAUCAAGCUCGGCUCGCGUCUGGGCAUUGGACCGCUGUCGGACGAUGUGCCGCCGCUGCAGCGCCACUUCGAGGCGCGCGCGCCCGGCAAGGAGGUGCCGCUUUCCGAGCCCAUCCCGUGCAACCUCGUCACCGUCGAUGUGCGCGCCGUCGAGCGGGCGUGCUACCGCAUCCCUGGCAUCAUCGAGGCGGCCGUGCGGCAACGCAAGGACGGCGCCCCCGAGGCGUUCAUCCAGGUGGAGGAGAACGCAGAGUACGACGCCGCCGACAUCGACCGCGCCCUGGCGCAGGUGCUGCACGGCUACGUGGUGCCCAACCCGCUGCACGUCUUCAGGCAGCCGCUGGCCAAGGUCAACGGCCGCAUCGACUUCAAGACGAUGGAGGAGGAGGUGCGCGCACAGAACGCCUCGGCCAUGUCGCGCACGGCACUGGUGGUGCGCGACAUCAUUGCGCGUCUGCUCGACACCGAGAGCGGCACCAUCACUGCCGAGUCCGACUUCUUCCUGCUCGGCGGCAACAGUCUGCUGCUGGGUCGCCUUGUGGCUCUCGUGCGCAAGGAGACUGGCGCGACGCUCGAGGUGUCGACGCUGUUCAACAACUCCACCGUCGAGGGCAUCGCGAUGCUCAUCGAGGACGAGCAGGGCAUCGUGGAUGACGAGUUCGACUACGCCGACAACUACGACGACGAGAAGGGCGGCGCGGGCGGCGGCGCCUUUGCCAGCGCGCACCGCUACGACGACGACGCGGCGGGCGACCUCGACCCGGCCAUUGCCGCGCACGGCUACCGGCCGCGCAGCCAGACGCAUCCCUGGGUCGUGUUCGUGCAGCUCAUUCCCAUCCUCUUCUUCUACCCGCUCAAGGCGGCGUGGACGUGGACGGUCAUCCUGCACGGUCUCGCCUUCUCUGCCUACUACAUCCGCGACGACUUCUGGGAGCGCGUGGGUGUGCUGCUGGCGUCGAUCGUUGUCGCGCGCUUCACGUCGCGCAUCAUCUGCCCCGUCACGGCCAUCGCCUUCAAGUGGCUCGUCAUCGGCCGCUACCGCCCCGGCAAGUACCCGAUGUGGUGCAACUACCACCUCCGCUGGUGGCUCGUCAACCAGUCGCUCAAGACGGCCGGCAAGGGUCUCUUCUCGCUCACGCCCGGGCUCGAGCAGACGUACUUCCGCCUGCUCGGCAUGUCCAUCGGCAACGACGUCAAGAUCGACCGCUGGGCCAAGAUUGCCGAGCACGACCUGAUCACGAUCCACGACGGCGCGCGCAUCGACAAGUCGCUCCUCCGCGGCUUCUGUGUCGAGCGCGACGGCUACUUCCGCCUUGAGCCUAUCAUCAUCGGCCGCGACUGCGUCGUCAACACGUUCACGCAGAUCUCGCCUGGCGCGCGCCUUGCCGACGGCACGGUGUGGGGCCCGCAGUCGUCGUCGCACGAGGAGCCGUCGUCGGACGCCUACGCGGCGUACAACCGCAACGCCGCACCGACGCCGCACCCGGCGCUGAUCUGGUUCGUCGGCACGCCGCUCAUCCUGCUCAUCCGGGUCAUCUGCUACGUGCCGUGGUUCGCCGCCCUCUUCAUGCUCCUGUCGCAGCCGUUCGAGUUCAACCACCGCGACAGCGUCAAGAGCGUCAUUGCCUGGUUCGCCUACCCGCCGCGUAUCGGCUGGCACUACGUGGCGCGCAUCAUGCGCAACAUCAUGCCGCCGCUCAUCAACCUCGUCAUCGGCAUCAUCCUCAAGCGCUGCCUCGGCCUCAACCGCGAGGGCUCGGUGCGCAACGCCACGCAGCUUGCGCUCUUCCGCCGCUGGAUCAACGGCCAGCUGCUCAGCCAGCCGAACAUCCGUCGCGCCAUGUCGAUCCUGGGCACGCACUACGAGAUGACGUCGGUGAUCUACCGUGCCAUGGGCGCCAAGGUCGGCAAGCGCGUGUACUGGCCCGGCAGCGGCGUGUACUGCCCGGACCCGGAGCUGCUCGAGAUCGGCGACGACGUCGUGUUCGGCUCGCGCUCUGAGCUCUUCACGUCGGACUCGAUCGGCUGGGCGCGCGUGCGUGUCGGCCGCGGUGCGAUGAUUGCGGACCGUGUCGUGCUCCUUCCCGGCACGACGAUCGGCAAGCAGUGUGUCAUGGGCUCGGGCGCGCUCGCAGUGCGCAACGGCCUCUACGAGGAGAACACCGUGUGGAUGGGCAGCAAGAACGGCUCGGCCGUCAGCUUCGGUCGCGCGGCCAAGGAGAAGAGCGAGAUCUCCGUCGGCGACGAUGACGAGACGAUCACGCCGUUCGGCCGCGCCUUCUACAAGCGCAAGGCCUCGUUCUUCGUCUUCCCGUACCUCAUGCUCGUUGCCAUCAACCUGCUCAUGGCCGUCUUCUCGUCGGGCUACUGGGCCAGUGCCGCCGUCGUCACCGUCGUCUCGCUCAACGUCUCGCGCGCGCACUUCGAGUACACGGACGCGGCGCUCUUCAGCGACCACUGGUACCGCCCGGGCCUGAUCUACGCUUUCAUCGCCAUCUGCUUCGUCGUCGUGCUCAACGUGCAGAUGCUUCUGGCCUUCGCCUGGGUCAUCCUCACCAAGUGGGCCAUCAUCGGCCGCCGUCGCGAGGGCCGCUACGACUGGGACAAGAGCAGCUACUGCCAGCGCUGGCAGCUGCACCUCACGCUGCAGCGCCUCCUCGGCAAGGGCUUCGGCGGCCAUAUCCUGGGCAACCUCUCCGGCACCGUCUUCGUCGUAUGGUACCUGCGCGCUCUCGGUGCGACGAUUGGGCGCAACUGCGCCAUCUGGGCGGGCGGCAAGCCGAGCCUGCAGCUCACCGAGCCCGAGCUCGUCACGAUGGGCGACAACGUGUCGCUCGACGACUGCUCGGUGGUGGCGCACAUCAACUCGCGUGGCCGCUUCAGCCUCAACCGGCUGCGCAUCGGCGACGGCUGCGCCAUGCGCACGGGCUCGCGCCUGCUCUCCGGCGCCUCGAUGGAGCCGCGCUCCAUGCUCCUCGAGCACACGCUCGUGGCCAGUGGCGAGAUCGCAGAGGCUGGCGCCGUGUACGCCGGCUGGCCUGCGCGCCAGCUGCGCACGCGGCGGCCACGCGCCCAGGGCGCGCCCAACGGCUACGCCAGCUCCGCAGGACACUAGACUUCGCCGCACACGCCACGACGGCCCGCUUGCUGGCCUUUACGCCUCACGACCAUCUCCCACAUCGUCACCUCGCACUCUCACUCAUCUCGCCCACACAAAACGCACGCUCUCGCGCCGGCCGCCGGCACCUGCGUUCUCCACGGCCGGCUCGUUCAUCAUACUCCCAUCCAGCGCCCGAACCAGCACCGUCCUCCUCGCUCUACGCCCCCUCUGCAUGUCCUCCUCUUCCGCCUUCUCGCCGCUCCGCGCAGGCUAAUCACCCUCACUGCCGCGAGCCUCACGUUCCCCCAUCGUGCCUCUGCGCGCCUCGUCAGUACGAACAAUUUGACUCAUGCUAAGUUAUCGUGAUGCAGCGGCCUC